GUGGGAACGUUUGUGGGUUGCUGCUGCUGCUGGGUUGCUGGAGUAAAAAUUGUUUGACAGCGAGGUGAGGCGACCUGUGCACGGCGGGAUUGGAAAGAGAAGUUAGUUUUUAGCGCGUCGCCGGCAGUUUGCGAGUCAGCGGGGAGGCAGACCGGAGAGCCACAAAUGCUUCGCACGAGUCUAAGCAACAGGGCACGGAGCGAAAUGUCAGGGACUGUUUCAGGCUUCAGCAAAGGGAAGCGCGACUAGUACACCGCAACGCGGAAAAUAUUCAGGGGGAGAGAAUGCGAAUGGUGCGAAGAUACCGAAAUCAAACAAAAUGGAAACGAUGUAGCGUCGCUGCGGCAUUUCAUAUAGCUAGAACUAACGUUAGAGUAGAGAAUAGAUAGCUAAGGAGCUAGCAGGUUAACUAACAUACAUGUAAAGUUAUUCCCCGGAGAAGCUGAAGCAGAGCCCGGAGGCGUCUGUUGAAUCAGAAGAGUUGUUGCGAAAUCAAAGAUAAACAGAAGAAGAUGCUACGGAGAAGACUGAACCGUUUGCUUGGCGGUGAUGAAAGAAGAGUCGACAGUCGGACUAUCUAUGUUGGUCAUCGGUCAUCUUCCACCAAUGAGGCUUUCAUCCCACCCAAGUUCUGUGAUAACAGGAUUGUGUCCUCCAAGUACACGGUCUGGAACUUUCUACCAAAGAACCUGUUUGAACAGUUUAGAAGAAUUGCCAAUUUCUACUUCCUUAUCAUCUUCCUGGUGCAGGUGAUAGUGGACACCCCCACCAGCCCAGUCACCAGUGGCCUACCCUUAUUUUUUGUGAUUACAGUAACCGCCAUCAAGCAGGGCUAUGAAGACUGGCUACGACACAAGGCUGACAAUGAGGUGAAUAAGUACUCAGUGACAGUGCUGGAGCAAGGCCGGAGGAUACGAAAGGAGAGUGAAAAGAUCAAGGUUGGAGAUGUUGUGGAGGUGGAGGAAGAUGAGACCUUUCCCUGUGAUUUAAUACUGCUGCAGUCCAGCAGAGAUGAUGACACUUGUUUUGUUACCACAGCAAGUCUGGAUGGAGAGUCCAACCAUAAAACACACUACACAGUGCCAGACACAGAGAAGGAUCUGGAAUCUCUCAACGCCACCAUUGAGUGUGAACAGCCACAGCCUGACCUUUACAAGUUUGUUGGCCGAAUGCACAUCUACAAAAACGAUCAGGAGCCUGCAGUGAGGUCUUUGGGCCCAGAAAACCUCCUGCUGAAAGGGGCAACUUUAAAGAACACCCAGAAAAUCUAUGGUGUUGCAGUUUACACUGGCAUGGAGACAAAGAUGGCUCUAAAUUACCAGGGCAAGUCGCAGAAACGCUCCGCUGUGGAGAAGUCUAUCAAUGCCUUCCUUCUGGUUUACCUUUGCAUAUUAGUGAGCAAGGCCUUAGUGUGCACUACUCUUAAGUAUGUGUGGCAGAGCAAGCCAGGACAGGAUGAGCCUUGGUACAAUGAGAAAACCCAGAGAGAGAAGGACACCAAUCUGUACCUAAAGAUGUUCACUGACUUCCUGUCCUUCAUGGUGCUCUUCAACUUCAUCAUUCCGGUGUCCAUGUAUGUGACGGUUGAGAUGCAGAAGUUUUUGGGAUCCUUUUUCAUCACAUGGGACAAGGACUUCUUUGACCCUGAAAUCAAGGAGGGGGCACUGGUCAACACUUCAGACCUCAACGAGGAGCUGGGACAGGUGGAGUAUGUCUUCACAGACAAGACUGGCACCCUCACGCAAAACAACAUGGAGUUCAUUGAGUGCUGCAUCGAUGGAUUCCAGUACAAGUACCGCGACGCGAGCUCAGAGUUGGACGGAUUCUGCGUCACAGAUGGACCUGUGAACAAAGUGCAGCAGAAAGCUGGCAGGGAGAGGGAGGAGCUGUUUCUGCGUGCCUUGUGUCUGUGCCACACAGUCCAGGUGAAGGAGUCUACAGAGCACAGUCAAGGCCAAGGGGACGGGCUGAUAGACCAGGUGGAUGGCUUAGGGGUGGAUGGAGAGGUGCUCCACCCACAGCAGGAGCUGAGAGGCUUUAUCGCCUCCUCACCUGAUGAGGUUGCACUGGUCAAGGGUGCCAUGAGGUAUGGCUUCACAUUUCUGGGCCUUGAAAGUAAAAACAUGAAAAUACUCAACAGGAACAAUGACGUCGAAAUGUAUGAGCUGCUUCACGUGUUGAACUUUGACCCAGUGAGAAGGCGAAUGAGUGUGAUAGUCAGAUCCAAAUCAGGUGAUACACUGCUCUUCUGCAAGGGAGCAGACUCUUCCAUCUUCCCACGCGUCAGACAUGAAGAGGUUGAAAGGAUACGCACAAAUGUGGAGCGUAAUGCAACGGAGGGGUACCGGACACUGUGUGUGGCCUACAAAUAUCUCAGUGCAGAGGAGUACGCUCAGGCAGAUGCAGGAUUGAGGGAAGCUCGGCUGGCUCUGCAGGACAGAGAGGAGAAGCUGAUGGCUGUUUACAACCAAGUGGAGACUGGCAUGAGUCUAAUAGGAGCCACUGCUGUGGAAGAUCGGCUACAAGAGGAGGCAGCAGAGACCAUGGAGGCUCUGCAGGGUGCAGGCAUGAAGGUUUGGGUUCUAACUGGGGACAAGAUGGAGACAGCAAAGUCCACUUGUUAUGCCUGUAGACUGUUCCAGAGAAAUACAGAGCUGUUGGAGCUGACAGUGCGUACUCUGGAGGAUGGAGGGAGGAGGCGGGAGGAACGACUGCAUGAGCUUUUGCUUGAAUAUCACAAGAAAGCUGUACAGGAUGCACCACCAGUUAAGGCAGGCGUCACCAGGCCGUGGUCGUCGGCAAGCCAGGACUUCGGUUUCAUCAUAGACGGAGCCACUCUGUCGAUGGUGCUCAACUCCUCCUCUGAAUCCAACUCAAGUCGAUACAAGAACCUGUUCCUGCAGAUCUGUCAAAACUGCACAGCUGUGCUCUGCUGCCGCAUGGCUCCUCUUCAAAAGGCACAGAUUGUAAAAAUGGUGAAGAACUCUAAAGGCAGCCCGAUCACCCUUUCCAUUGGAGACGGUGCCAAUGACGUCAGCAUGAUUUUGGAAGCUCAUGUUGGCAUUGGCAUUAAGGGUAAGGAGGGUCGGCAGGCAGUGAGGAAUAGUGAUUAUGCCAUCCCCAAACUCAAGCACCUCAAAAAACUUUUGUUGGCUCAUGGGCAUCUCUACUAUGUUCGCAUUGCACAUCUGGUGCAAUAUUUCUUUUACAAGAACCUUUGCUUCAUCUUACCUCAGUUUUUGUACCAGUUCUUCUGUGGCUACUCCCAGCAACCCCUGUAUGACGCGGCCUAUCUGACGAUGUACAACAUCUGCUUCACCUCUAUGCCCAUCCUGGCUUACAGCCUCUUGGAGCAGCACAUCUGCAUUGAGGUUCUGCUGGACAACGCUACCCUCUACAGAGAGAUUGCGAAGAACGGCAUGUUACGGUGGGGACCAUUCCUCUACUGGACAUUACUUGGCGUCUUCCACGGCUUGCUCUUCUUCUUUGGUGUUCGAUAUUUGUUCAGUAAUCCAGCGCUGCAGGAUAAUGGCCAGGUUUUUGGUAACUGGUCGUACGGAACAAUUGUCUUCACUGUCCUUGUCUUCACUGUCACACUUAAGCUCGCUCUGGACACGCGGCACUGGACAUGGAUCAACCACUUUGUAAUCUGGGGCUCCCUGGCUUUCUACGUGUUUUUCAGCUUCUUCUGGGGAGGAAUAAUAUGGCCUUUCCUGAGGCAGCAGCGUUUGUACUUUGUGUUUGCCAACAUGCUGAGCUCGGUGUCAGCCUGGCUGGUCAUCAUCUUGCUCAUCCUGCUCAGCCUACUGCCAGAGAUCCUGCUUGUGGUGUUCCGCAAGCCCCGCGGGCCCCACGCUCGACAGAAGAAGCCGGGUCAGUCGAGCGUGGGGGGCCACCAGUCUCCCCGGUCUUCAGCCAGGCCCCUGCUCAUGAGAACCUUUUCAGAUGAAUCCAAUACUGUCUUUUAAACAGAUUGCUGCGGUCACACCACUAUCCUACAAGCACCUGAAGGAGCGUGAGUGAACGGCAGCAAGGCAUCGGCCACUUUCAGGGUCCUGUACCAGUUGGAUCAGAACCGUCUGCCAUUAUGCCUGAGGAGGAAAAGAAGAGGAGGAAAAAAAUAAGAAGAGAAAGAGAGAUGUGCUGACUGGGGGGAAGGGAUAAAAAGGGGUUUAGCAGUCUUUUGGCUUGCAUCUCUCUGCUCCGUCCUUCUCUGCCCAAUGCCAACAGCUCCCAACCCCCCACGCAUGCCUGCAGAGCAGUGCCCUGCAUUAUUUUUUAACAUAUCUACUCAGAUGACAGGCAUGUGUUUUCUUUCUUUUACUUCCUUUUUUUUUUUAAAGUACUAGCUUACAAAUGAAUGCAUACACGGCUGCCUUGUCAGUAGCUCUAUCCAACUGCUGUGUUUUAACAAGCAGUUGUAAUAAUAUCCACCCCAAGAAUGGUUCACCUGCAUGAAAGAAAGCUCUAAAGAACGCUUCACUCCACUGAUGUUCAGUCACUGUAUUCUGUAAUUAAUUAAGACAUAAUGAUCUCAUUCUCUCCAAUGGUUACACUUUAAACGGUUAUUCUACUUUAUAGUUCGUACGCUUUUAAUAGUUAUCCUUGAAAUGGUUAAUAGGCUUGGGCGGUAUCACCUUAUCACAGUAACGCAGGGUAUUAAGAAAUCCCGAUGGUAUGAUCUUGAAUUGUGUGAAAAAUGCAGGUGUCCCUAUUUCUACUAAGGCUCAGACACACCGACCAACAUUAAAGAACUAGUGGCGAUAAAAGGCCAACUCUUGCGUUUCCUCACGUCCCCCGUGUCUUCGACAAAAUUUGCACUUGAACAGACCACAAAGACGACAGCCAGUAGCAUGUACUUUCUGCUACUGCGUGAGAUGAAAUAACUAUUUAUGCCAGCAGGUGGCAGUACUCUGUCAUUCAAAAAAUGAAGCCAGACAAAUUGUCAUGAUGUAUUCAAGUCAUUCGUUAGCAAGAGUAGGACACACUGUAAAACCCACAGUGACAGUCGCUCCUUGAUGAUAGCACGAUAUUAACCAACAGCAGACCAUUGGCUUGGUGUGUCAGGGCUUUUAAACUAAUACAAAUCUCGCUGUAUGUAUCAUAUGUAGUGCUCAUCACGCGCCACCAGAGGUCAGUCUCUACUGGCAGAACAGUGACAAACAUGGCAACUGUGAGUGAUGGGGAUAACGUUACAGGACUGUAAACAGCCGGUAGCAACGUCUGAGGAAAAACACAGGGACAGAACAUAUUUCCACAUCUAACUUGGUGAAUUAAUGGAGUGCAGCACACAAAUACUGUCAUAUAUCCUGGUGAAAUUUCAGGAAGGUGUGAAAAAAUAGAUACCGCCCAUGCCUAACGGUUAUGUUUCAGGAAAUGGACUCAUCCACGGGUCCAAAUCAUUUAAGAUGAAGAGUUACUGAAGAUGAUAUCAGACUGAUUGAACAGUUUUCUGUUAUAUAGAUGAUUAUUUGUUUCCAAUGAUGAAUUUCCAUUUUCUCUCCAAUACUAAGAUAUAAGAGGAGUUAACGGAGGCCAUAUUACCACUCAAUCCAAAAAGUGUGUGUGUGUAUGCGUGUAAGAUUGAGAGGUAGAUUAGAGAUGUUAAGCAAUGAAACAUUGCACGGAUGCUCGAAGCAUGACCUAAAUCGUCCAACCUCAGAGAUAAUUUAAGAGUCAAUUUAAGAUGAGAGAAUUAAUAUAUGUGCUGUACUGUAUAUAUAGCUUAGAGAUGUAUGACCUGCUCAAAGCCAAAAAGAUGAAUCAGAUUCUGUCCACGCUAGUGCGACCUGAAAGUGAUAAGUCAGUGUGUGUGUGUGUGUGUGUGUGUGUGUGUGUGUGCCUGUGUGUUACAUAAGUGCGUGCUGGAUAAGAAAAGCCAGCCGUGUGUUGUGAAAACCAGGAUUACUUGAACCUCGUUGAUGUAGUUCGGUUAGACAUUUCCUGCACUAUUAAAAAAAAAAAGCUGGUUUCUUCAUUGCGUCACUAAGGCACAUGAAUAUAUGCCUGAGCACACGCACAUAUCAGAUAGACAAGAACAACACACAUAACCACACACAUCAUACAUAUAAAAGCGCACAUGCACUAAAGCCUAAAUGAGGUAUUUCUGUUCAUUACUCAUGAUUUAGUUUGCAUAAUUUGUCUCAGGCAGGCUUACGUUUGAGUGAAAAUCAACUCCAGACCUGCAGAGAAGUUAAUGCCACUGUGAGGCUCCACGCUCCGUCUCCCUCCUUCUGUUUCUGGUCAAAUUUUCGGGCCGACAGGAUGACAGAGUGCACCUUGGCCUUUUCUUCCUUCCUUCCUUUUGUGUGCUUCAUACAUUCCAUUUAAACAUGCCGCGAUUUCACACUUUUAAAUAUAGUUUCUGAAGAUUUCUCUGUUUUCGUUUUCCACAAACAUGUAUUGUCUAUUUGGCAUAUUUAUUGUUAAGUGUACUUUUACUCACAAAUGUUAUACUUUUAUUACAUAAAUCUUUUUUAUUGUUGAGUGGUCAGCUUUGUGCCAGUUGAGAUGGUCCAUGUUACUCCGGCCCUGAUGUGAGCCUGUGCCAAUCCUGUUUAAUAGUCUUUGUCUUAAUGCAAAGACAGGCAGCCCCCCCCCCCGACAUACUCCAAAAGUCCCAGAGUUAAUCCUCGAACCAGUGCCACUCCUUAUACAGGGUUAUCAUAACUCUCGUACCUGUCACUAAUCAUAUAUGCUUUGUGUUACAGGUUAUGGCGAUUUCAUAGUUUACUGAUCCCUGUUCAAGGGGAGACACCCCAGAUGAAUAGGGUACCGUUUUUAACAUACAGCUAUGACCAUGAAACUACUCCAGCUGAUUAUUCACUUUAUACACUGUUUUUUUUUUUUUUUUUUUGUAUUUCAAGUUUUCUGAAAUUUAAUGUUUUUAAUUGCAAAUAAUGCAUUUUCUAAAUAAAUAUGUACUGAUUUGCACACA